AUGGCGCAACCGGGGAAGCUGCUCAAGGAGCAGAAGUACGACCGGCAGCUGAGGUUGUGGGGUGAUCAUGGGCAAGAGGCUUUAGAAUCUGCUCACGUUUGCCUAAUAAAUGCAACAGCCACAGGAACUGAAAUUCUAAAAAACUUGGUACUACCAGGUAAUGUAGGUAUUGGUUCAUUUACAAUUAUUGAUGGAAAUCAGGUCAGCGGAGAAGAUGCUGGAAAUAAUUUUUUCCUUCAAAGAAGCAGCAUCGGCAAGAACCGAGCUCAAGCUGCCAUGGAAUUCUUACAAGAAUUAAAUAACGACGUCUCUGGGAGUUUUGUGGAAGAGAGUCCAGAAAACCUUCUAGACAAUGAUCCUUCAUUUUUCUGUAGGUUUACCAUUGUGGUUGCAACUCAGCUUCCUGAAAGUACAUUACUACGUUUAGCAGAUGUCCUCUGGAAUUCCCAAAUCCCUCUUUUGAUCUGUAGGACAUAUGGACUAGUUGGUUAUAUGAGGAUCAUUAUAAAAGAACAUCCAGUAAUAGAAUCUCAUCCAGAUAAUGCAUUAGAGGAUCUACGACUGGAUAAACCAUUUCCUGAACUGAGAGAACAUUUUCAGUCAUAUGAUUUGGAUCAUAUGGAAAAAAAGGACCACAGCCAUACUCCAUGGAUUGUGAUCGUAGCUAAAUAUUUAGCACAGUGGUAUAGAGAAACAAAUGGACGAAUACCUAAAACGUAUAAGGAAAAAGAAGACUUCAGAGAUUUGAUUAGACAAGGAAUUCUAAAGAAUGAAAAUGGGACUCCGGAAGAUGAAGAGAAUUUUGAAGAAGCUAUUAAAAAUGUGAACACAGCACUAAAUACAACUCAGAUCCCAAGCAGUAUUGAAGAUAUAUUUAAUGAUGAUCGCUGCAUAAAUAUCACCAAACAGACUCCAUCAUUUUGGAUUUUAGCUCGCGCCUUAAAAGAAUUUGUGGCCAAAGAGGGUCAAGGAAAUUUACCUGUUCGAGGCACAAUUCCUGAUAUGAUCGCAGAUUCAAGCAAAUAUAUAAAGCUGCAAAAUGUUUACCGUGAAAAAGCAAAGAAAGAUGCUGCUGCUGUGGGUAAUCAUGUUGCCAAAUUGUUGCAGUCUAUCGGCCAGGCACCAGAGUCCAUUUCAGAGAAAGAAUUAAAAUUACUCUGCACCAAUUCUGCAUUUCUUCGAGUGGUAAGAUGUCGAUCCUUAGCUGAAGAAUAUGGCUUGGAUACAAUUAACAAGGAUGAAAUAAUUUCUAGCAUGGACAAUCCCGAUAAUGAGAUAGUAUUAUACUUAAUGUUACGGGCUAUUGAUAGAUUUCAUAAACAACAUGGUAGAUAUCCAGGGGUAUCUAACUACCAGGUUGAAGAAGAUAUAGGAAAGCUGAAGUCUUGUCUCACUGGCUUCCUUCAGGAAUAUGGAUUAUCUGUAAUGGUGAAAGAUGAUUAUGUCCAUGAAUUUUGCCGAUAUGGAGCUGCUGAGCCACACACCAUUGCUGCGUUCUUAGGAGGAGCUGCUGCUCAGGAGGUUAUCAAAAUAAUCACCAAACAGUUUGUAAUUUUUAAUAAUACUUACAUCUAUAGUGGCAUGUCACAAACUUCAGCAACUUUCCAGUUGUAG